AUGUCAUGCAACACGACCAGCAAGACGAAGCUCUUCAAAGGGGGAAAUCUGAAUAUGCAUUUACUAGAUAUUCCCAAGCAACCUGCUUGACUUCUAAAAACCAUCCCAAAACAACCAAGCUUCCGUCCUUACAUACUAACCCUUUCGAACCAGGAAGAAGUCAAUUGAAAAGACACUUCCGUCCCUUCCAUGACCACCAAGCUUGCAAGGGCACCCGCGUAUAUAAGUCGAACUUGCGGGGUUUUACUCACGCCUCGACUCCGAUCAAUUCGGUCUUCAACGAGAGCACCAUUAUUGCAAGCUCAUUUCACGACGGCGCAUUACCUUCACCAAACCCAAUACACAACCCCGAAAAUGGCGGCCAGCGACAAGUACUCCCUCCCCAGCUUCACAGCACUGGUGGUGGAUGCCAUGCGCAAGCAUUACCCCGAGGAGCUCGCCGAUAGGAGAUGGGAUAACGUCGGGCUUCUCCUUGGCAACAUCGAGACCCCCGAGGCCCGUAAGCCCAAGAACCCAGUCGUUCUCCUCACCAACGACCUCACCUACGCCGUCGCCGAGGAGGCCGUCCAGAAGAACGCCAGCGUUAUCGUGAGCUACCACCCUUUCAUCUUCUCCGGCCUCAAGUCCAUCACAAUAAAGGACCCACAACAAGCGACGCUCCUUCUCCUCGCCGCUAACGGCAUCGCGGUCUACUGCCCCCAUACCGCCGUCGACGCCGCCCCCAACGGCCUCAACACCUGGCUCGGCGACAUCGUCUCCGGUGGCCCUUCGACCUCAUCCUCAACCCCGUCCCCGUCGACCCGCACCGUCAUCAACCCGCUCUCCUCUGCGGCCCCCGCGGGCUUCGAGGGCUCGGGUUACGGCCUCCUCUGCACCUUUCGCCAGCCGGAAUCUCUCGCAGAAAUCAUCCGCCGCGUCGCUUCGCGCGUUGGCAUGCGCCGCGUGAUGGUCGCCUCCCCGGACCCGGCCCGCCUCUCGACGGCGCGCGUCGACGCCGUGGCGGUGUGUGCGGGCAGCGGAUGGGAUGUCGUGAAGGGCGCCGCAGCCGACGUGAUCGUGACGGGCGAGAUGACGCACCACAACGCGCUCAAGGCCGUGCAGGAGGGCAAGACGGUCGUCACGGUGUUCCACAGCAACUCGGAGAGGGGCUACCUGACGGAGGUGAUGAAGCCGCUGCUGGAGGGCGAGCUGAAGGGCAAGGAGGUCGACGCUCAGGUACUCGUCAGCGAGGCCGAUCGGGAUCCGUUCGACAUUGUGGAUGUCUCUGAGUUGUAAGUCACCGCGGCUUGUGAAAUGGUUCUGAGAUGCCCCUAGAAAAGGGGUGAGAGAAAAGGGCUUACACGCGGCUGAAGGCACGGCCGAGCCAGCCAUCUCUAAACGAAAUAGAGAAGAAUCCUCGUACCGAUCGGUCGAAUUAUCAUGACCCGGCGAGUCCUUUAACGUACUUGCCGAAUAUCUCAGGAUCAUAUCGCAGACAUGUUUGAAUCUCAUUCAUGGCUAUAAGACGAACUCGUCCGAGAGCUGUGACAUGGAAUCAGACUGUCUGGUGAAGCUGCUAUUAUUGGAAGCUUUGCUGAAUUGAUUGUGUAAAUCUGUAGUUUUGAUUUGGUGAAUCUGUUCUCUGUUUCUUUCUUGACCCGAUAGUAGAAAAAGAAGACUGGCAUACCCACAACACCAGAAACUCCAUCGCUAUGCCUCAACAAUCCAUCCGAAUGAUUAAAAACACACAAGUCGGGCCCUUACGAGCUGCCGCUAUCUUUGGACGUUCGUACGCUGCUCUCCCCAGUCCUCCCUCCGAAUACCGCGUCACCCUCCUCAAGACACUCGACUACGUCUUUCCCGCCGACACCUUUCUCCAUCCAAACCUCCAGCAGCCGGCGCGGCAUCUCCCACUCCUUCCUGGCCUCCUCGAUCUUCCCCUCCCUGACUAGUGCCCUCAGCCUCUCCGGCGUGCCCACCACUUCCUUGGCGAGCUGUCUCGUCCUCCGCCGCCGUACUGCCGCCGCUUCGUCCUCCCGCUCCAUGGAGUCGGGCGGCGCGACGGUCUUGCGCAGCGAGUCGCGGAUCGAGCUCGCCUGGGCGUAGAUGCCGGCGAUCGCCGGGUCGAGCGUUGAGGCCAUCGGGUUCAGGGGGUCCAUGUUGGCGCGCAUCUGCCGAAUCGUCUCCGUCGCGGAGAUGAGCUUUGAGUAGUUGUCAUACACUAGCGCCUUCUUCUCAGCGUCCAGCGCUCGUAUCUCCCCGAGCACGCGCGUAUACACCCGCAACAAGUCGUCGAGCGUGUUCUCCGCCAGGGCCUUCCGCACGUACGCAUCGGCGUCGAAGGACGGGCUAUCCAGCUCGCUGGGCGGGACCUCAGAGUGCUCCGCGAAGCCGCCACGGUCGGCCGAGUCCUCGGUCACCUCGAGGGAGGGCGCGCCGCCCGCAGCCUUCUUGAGGUUGUAGUACUCGCGGAGGGCGGCACGGUUUGCACGCUUCGAGGGCCCCACAGCCGGCGGUCCCCCGGUGCCGUUUCCAAACGCCGCGACAGAGCCCGGGUUCGGGGAGCUCGUCAGGGAUCGCGGGGCAUCGAGAGAGGGUCUGGUCGAGGACGUCGGGGUGUGUGGUUGUGCUGAGAUGCGGCGGGUGAGGGCGGGCGGUUCGCGUGGGGACGCAAUAGUGGACAUUGCGACGGGAGGAAGUAGGUUUCUUUCCUUCUUUCUCGACUCAAUCGCUCACUUGUCAGUUUCAAUGCGUAUUCCCAGGGGUAAUUGGGGAUUAUGUUAGAAAGGAUUCGUGGAGCUCGUGAUAGUGACAGAUCAGAGGAAGCGAGGCUGGAGUUGCAUGGAUGACGGUGCUGCAUGCGAUAGGCC